AUCUAUACACUUCCUUGUCACUUGUUUUGUUACCAUUGGAGCAGGUGCGCUUUCCCGGUUCCCCCGGAAGAGCUACAAUUCGCGUCAACGCCUUCCCAAGUUACAAUCCCCCAGCUGGUAACCGCCAUUUUCCCCGGAGUUGCAGCGGAAAGUCCCCGUGUGUUGUCCUGUCAGUCAAAUCGCUGUCACGUUUGUGCCCCUCUCGUUCCUUUCGGGAAGUUGGUCGGAGCCUGGCGUCUCCAGACUAAUGUGCGGCCCCAGCCGGGAGGAGCAUGUACCCUAACUCCCCCAGCCAGGGCCGCAUUCCACUCCCCUUGCCCUGUGAGCAGCAACAACCCCCACUGGAGCAAUCACAGGAGCAACCACUGCAGCCACAACCACUGCAGCCACAACAGGCCUCCGGUUACUUAAGCAAGCUGCCCGUAAGCGUGGCCCCGGAGCUGCUGAGCCCAGAGCAGUUUAUCCAGGCGUCUAUUAACCUCCACAACAAUGUCAAUUUUGCUAGAAUGCUGAUGAAUGCCAAUUUGUUGGCUGUCCCUCCUGUGUCACCACCACCAUGGUCGUACAGGGAUCAAAGCCCUUUGAUCUCUCCUGCAUCCCCUUCAUCCUCAUUCCAGAACAGAAAAUUACCAUUUUUACUUAGACAAAUCCUCCAAAUUGAAUCGUUAAUACGGAGGAGAAGCGACGAGGGAAACAUUGCUUAUGAUGUGAAAAGACAAAAAUUUCAGUCUCCACAAGAGCAAACUGUAAAUCACCAAGCAGUGCCUUUAAGAGGUGAUCUCGGAUGUUCAUACCCAGGAUCUCCCGCGUUUCCAUUGCUGCAGUCACCUUCACCUCCAGUUUUAAAAGGACAUGUUCCUAAUUCAGGGGAAUGCUGGUUAUAUGACCAUGUAGACACCACUUUGCCUGUUGCUAAAGACAAGUUGAGCAAGCAGAUACUGGAAUUGUUUCAAGCAUUGCAACAGCAGGUCUGUGACUUAAAGAAAAAAGAUAUAUGUCGAGCGGAGCUUCAGAGGGAAAUUCAACAAAUAUUUCCACAGAGCAGACUUUACCUUGUUGGUUCCUCCCUUAAUGGAUUUGGUACAAGAAGCAGUGAUGCAGAUUUGUGCCUAGUUUUGAAAGAUGAGCCAAUGAACCAGCAUACAGAAGCAAGGCAUAUACUCAGCUUACUCCACAAACACUUCUACACUAGACUAUCAUACAUCGAGAGACCUCAGUUUAUCAAAGCAAAAGUGCCAAUUGUGAAGUUCAGGGAUAAAGUCAGUGGCGCGGAGUUUGACUUGAAUGUAAACAAUGUUGUAGGAAUCAGAAACACAUUUCUUCUCAGAACCUAUGCAUACAUAGAAAACCGGGUCCGGCCGUUGGUACUGGUCAUUAAAAUGUGGGCCAACUAUCAUGGAUUAAAUGAUGCCAGUCGGGGCACUCUGAGCAGCUAUACUCUUGUUUUAAUGGCUUUGCACUAUUUACAAACCCUACCUGAACCUAUAAUUCCAUCUCUACAGAAAAAAUAUCCUGAAUGUUUUGACUCUACUAUGCAGCUGCACCUUGUACAUCACGCUCCUCGUAAUAUUCCUAAGUACCUCUCCAAAAAUGAAACACCUCUAGGGGACCUGCUUCUGGGCUUCCUUAAAUAUUUUGCCAUAGAGUUUGACUGGAGUAAAGAUAUAAUUUCAGUGCGAGAAGCCAAAGCCCUUCCGAGAUCAGAUGACUAUGAGUGGAGAAACAAAUUCAUCUGUGUAGAAGAGCCAUAUGAUCGAACAAACACAGCUAGGGCUGUCUAUGAGAGGCAGAAGUUUGACAUGAUCCGGGCGGAAUUUUUAAGGGCAUGGGUAGCACUGAGAGAUAACAGAGAUCUGUACAGCUUGUUGCCUUGGAAAGGAAUCAUGAAAAAAAUGAACUCUUUAUGAGCUGGAAUCUGCAGAGAAAUACAGGCCUUUUUACAGUGCAGCGAGAUCUCUGAGACUGCACUUGUGCUGGGCACCUAAGUUGGGGUCCAGUAUUUUUUUAUUGUGUCGCGUUCAUGUCCUGUGUUCGUCAGUGUUGGAGAAAUGCUUAAACAUUGCUUUUUGUUUAAAUACAAAUAUUGAACCAUUUCUGUUUUCUUUUUCCUUUAUAGUUAAGUGUGCUAUGAAAUAAUUGCACUACACAGACUAAUUACAUGUAUUCAUGUCCUAGCCUAACAGAAACGGCUACUGUUGCCUAUUUAUUACUUGUCCAUGUAAAAAGGUAAUUAGAAUACACAUUAAAGCUUGAAAUAUGUUUACCUCGAUAGCUGCUGUUACUGUUAAUUGAAUUAUAAAGCUUUGUUCCAGGAGAGUGAUGGCAGCGGAAUCAAUUUAAUAUUGAUCUUGCCGGCUUGGUAAGAAGGCGUGGGACUCGGGAUAUAUUGAAUGUCAUUAUACAAUCUGCAUAAAAGGCACAGCAUUUUUUAAUGAUGACAGGAACACUUGCUUCUAGGCACAGACAAACCUAAAGCUUGCUAUGUUGCACCUCACCUCCGGUGCUGCCAUCAGUUCUUGCUGUUGGAUAAAUUUUUGGUUAAAAACAACAUAUAGUAAAUAAUUAUAACAUCACCAGAGAGAAGUUUUUAAUAUUUGACAGAGACGAAACAAAACGUCACAUUCCUUUUAAGGUCUCUCAAAAGUUUUGGUUUUGACCUGUUAAGGCACAGCCUGGUGUCUUGGUCACAUUUGUGUUGCAGAGUGACCUUUGUUACCAGUUUCUUGAGAUUUUUUGUUUCCUCUUCUGUUUUUUUCCCUUUUUUUAACAUAGAGUAAUGUAAACUUGAUCUGUGUUUUCUUUUGUAUGCUGUUGAGUGGAAUAAAAUGUAUGUACUAGAAAAUGA